UCCGUCGCGCCUGCGCCGUGAGCUGCGGCCGCCGAGCCUGUGGCGGAUUAUUGGACGAGGCGUGAUGCGCUUUAUCUCCUGAGAGAGAUGCGCUGCGGCGCAGCCCGCGGGGCCUGGCCGCGCGGGCCUCCGGACGCGGCCGCCGCGGCGCUGUCGGCGGGGGCCCUCCGCGAGCUCCUGCGGGACGGAGAGCUGAGCGGCGAGCGGCUCGUGGCGCGUCUCGAGAGCUUACUGAGCACUUCCGGGCAGCUGCGGGAGACGCUUCUCCACGGUGCCUUGGAGCACUAUGUCCACUGCCUGGGUCUGGUAAACAGGAAGCUGCCUUAUGGCCUUGCUCAGAUCGGAGUGUGUUUCCAUCCUGUUUCUGACUCUAAGCAGACACCUGAUGGUGUUAAAAGCAUCGGUGAGAAGACCGAAGCUUCGCUGGUGUGGUUUACUUCUUCAAGGACUUCGAGCCAGUGGCUGGAUUUCUGGUUGCGUCACCGACUGCUGUGGUGGAGAAAGUUUGCCAUGUGUCCCUCUAACUUCAGCAGCAGUGAUUGUCAGGACGAAGAGGGGAGAAAAGGAAGCCAACUUUACUACACUUUUCCCUGGGGAAAGGAGCCAAUAGAAACGCUGUGGAACCUGGGAGAUAAAGAACUCUUACGCAUGUGUCCUGGAGAUGUGUCUAAAUUACACGGCCGAGAUGGGCGGAAGAUGGUGGUUCCUUCUGUUGUAUCCGUGAGCGGGGACCUAGACCAAGGCAUGCUGGCUUACCUCUACGACUCUUUCCAGCUCACAGAGAACUCCUUUGCAAGGAAGAAAAGUCUUCAUAGAAAGGUGCUUAAACUGCACCCUUGUUUAGCCCCUAUUAAAGUUGCUUUGGAUGUGGGAAGAGGUCCAACUGUGGAACUCAGACAGGUUUGUCAAGGGCUAUUUAAUGAAUUACUAGAGAACGGGAUCUCUGUGUGGCCUGGCUAUUUGGAAACUGUACAGUCCUCACUGGAACAGCUCUAUUCAAAAUACGAUGAGAUGAGUAUCCUCUUCACAGUUUUGAUUACGGAAACUACUUUGGAGAAUGGAUUGGUCCAGCUGAGAAGUAGAGAUACCACAAUGAAGGAAAUGAUGCAUAUAUCAAAGUUAAAAGACUUUUUAAUCAAGUAUAUAACAUCGGCUAAGAAUGUAUAGGUUUUCAUAUUUAUAUAAUAAACAUUUUUCCUUUGCUAA